AUGGACGCGGAAAAGGGAUACGCCGCGGACGUUGCGGUUGGAGUGCCGCGACAAUCGAACGCAUGGAGCAUCUGCAGCGCCGGUGUUGGCACGGCGGGGGCGUUGGCGGCCAUCGUUGCCGCCGCGAUGGUGGGCAAUCUGAAGGAAUGCUCAACCGAUCCCACGCCGGGCGCCACCGUCGUCACCAACUUGGCGUCUGAAAUGAAGAAGGUUGAUCACAGCGGCGCGCAGCCGUGGUUGCAACACGCGUACGCAUCCGUCGUGGGUGCCAUCGAUGACCACUACACUGAGUGGUCGGCCAAGGUGAAGCCGAUCGGCUGGCACACGGCGCGCCUGGCGGAAUCCGGCGACGCCUCCGACGGCGCCGGUAACCCUGAAUUCAAGUACAUUGGCGACGGUAAGGAUGGUAAGACUGACUGGGGCUUCGGUCCGCUCGCGCCGAUUCUCACCAUCGGCGAGGCCGAUGCGAACACCGGCUACGUGCCGGUCGGCGUGCCGGACGGUCUCGGCGUCAUGCGCAAGGACAUCGACACGCUUCGCGUCAUUUUCCAAGCCGAAUCUUACGGCUACCUUUCCGGUGGUCGAUCGUGGUUUAUGCCCGUGAACGGCAACGGCGCCAAGUUCACCGGUUCGCACGUGUCGUACAUCGACUACCGCAUGCCGACCAGCGCGGCUGCAUACUCCACGUCGGAUCUCACCAAGCUCUCGUACGGUUUUGCCACCACGGCGGAUUCAAACGCCGUCAGCGCGGCUCCCGCCGUGAAAGAAGCUGGGUCCUUGUUCACUGAAGUCUACAACAUGAAGGGCGAAAUGGUCGUCGCGCGCAGUGGCACGAACCAAAUCACCGUGGGCGCCCACUUAGGUGACACGUCCGUCGAUGGCCACUACGUCACUGAAGACAUCGCCAACGCCGACGCGGUUGCCUCCAACGCGUGGACGUUCCACUCCUUCUGCUCGUCUCACCUCGAAGAAGCGCGACAGUGGUCCGGUUCUGCCUCCGGCGUCACGUACGGCGUUGAAAACGACAUGUGGGUCACCGUUGAAGAAUGGACGGAUCUCGAUGCCGCCAAGACUGCGACGCACGGCUUCGCCGGUCUCACCGCGCACGUCAUCGACAUCGCCUCGAAGAAGCUGUACGCGACCGGCGCUUUCGGUCAAGGCGGCUUUGAGAAGGUUGUCGAAUUCAACUGCGGCCACGAAGACUUUGUGUGCUUCUCUCCUUCCGGCUACAACGGCAACUUUGGUGGCGAUGCCAUGAAGACCGCCAUCGUCGACCGACGCAAAGCCAUCGCGGCGAAGCGCCCGGAUGGUAAGGACUGGGUGUACCCGCAAAACGUCGUUCCCGCGCGCAUUUACGUCGGACGUAAGGGCUACAAGGCUGACGGCACCAAGUGCGGCGCCUCGUGCACGUUCCUCGAGCGCAACGGUCUCGAGUUUGGUCAACUGUACGGCUACGCCGUGCCGACCGCCACGACUGAUCGCGACGCGUGGCACAAGGGCAACGUGCGCACCGCAUCAACGCCAACGCACACCGUCGCUGGUAAGUGGGCGAAGAUCGCCUGGCAGUUCAACUCGUCCAAUGUGAAGAACGUCGAGGAGUCCGACAUGUUCCACUGGCAAAUCGAACCCGUUCUCCCCAGCGGAGUCACUGGCUACAAGUUCUGGAACGCCAAGGGUAACGAUGCGGCCGGCGCCAAGACUGAGCACAACUCUCCAUCUCCGGUUGGUGAGCAAAAGUUUGUGCAAGGCUCGACUGCUGGCUACUUCGGCAUCUAUGAAGUCCAAUCAAUGGUGUCCCAACUCAACGGUGCCGCCGCGGGCGGUUUCCCGACGCACUUCGAUGGUACCUACGAAAUGAUUGAAGGCGAGACUGACAUUGACACGCGCGUCAACCUCUGCGCGGACGGCACCGGAUGCAUGCAAGGUCAAACCGCCAACGGUCGCACGCAAAAGUACAUGAACGACGGCACAGAGAAGCGCACGUUUGAGGACAUCGACGGUCUCGAAUGGAUCGCGGCCAAGACGACCGCGGCGGGUGCAAACAGUGUCACCCUCAAUGGCAAGAAGUACGCGUACGACGACUACUUCGUGAUCCAAGAGGAUGGCGGUAACAGGUACGGCGAGCGCCUCAUGGUCGCCAAGAUGCCGGCGGCCAACACGAACGCGACGUACGACUUCAUCGCCAUGGCUGGUGGCAGCUUGAACACGCGCAUGAAGGCUGGUGUGUCCGUUCCUCCGAACACCUUCAACAGCGCGACGAGUUCUGAGUUCUCUGGCGUCGCCGACGCCUCCGGCGCUCUCCGUCAAACCAUGAUGGGCGGUGCGGCUCGCCGACUCGCCGAGCUCGACGUCGCCAUGAACGAAAAGACCAUCCUCAUCGGUCUUCAGCAACACUCCAUCCGCACAGGUGUGGUCAGCAAAUUCGGCGCCGAUCGCGGCGGUCAAAUCUACAUGUGGGAUGUCGUGAACGUGGAUCGAACCAGCUCGCGAACGUGGUCGCAGCGCGAUCAAAACGUUGAUCGCAGCGGCGCGCAGCCGUGGUUGCAGCACGCGUACGCAUCCGUCGUGGGUGCCAUCGAUGACCACUACACUGCGUGGUCGGCCAAGGUGAAGCCGAUCGGCUGGCACACGGCGCGCCUGGCGGAAUCCGGCGACGCCUCCGACGGCGCCGGUAACCCUGAAUUCAAGUACAUUGGCGACGGUAAGGAUGGUAAGACUGACUGGGGCUUCGGUCCGCUCGCGCCGAUUCUCACCAUCGGCGAGGCCGAUGCGAACACCGGCUACGUGCCGGUCGGCGUGCCGGACGGUCUCGGCGUCAUGCGCAAGGACAUCGACACGCUUCGCGUCAUUUUCCAAGCCGAAUCUUACGGCUACCUUUCCGGUGGUCGAUCGUGGUUUAUGCCCGUGAACGGCAACGGCGCCAAGUUCACCGGUUCGCACGUGUCGUACAUCGACUACCGCAUGCCGACCAGCGCGGCUGCAUACUCCACGUCGGAUCUCACCAAGCUCUCGUACGGUUUUGCCACCACGGCGGAUUCAAACUCUGCCAGCGCGGCUCCCGCCGUGAAAGAAGCUGGGUCCUUGUUCACUGAAGUCUACAACAUGAAGGGCGAAAUGGUCGUCGCGCGCAGUGGCACGAACCAAAUCACCGUGGGCGCCCACUUAGGUGACACGUCCGUCGAUGGCCACUACGUCACUGAAGACAUCGCCAACGCCGACGCGGUUGCCUCCAACGCGUGGACGUUCCACUCCUUCUGCUCGUCUCACCUCGAAGAAGCGCGACAGUGGUCCGGUUCUGCCUCCGGCGUCACGUACGGCGUUGAAAACGACAUGUGGGUCACCGUCGAAGAAUGGACGGAUCUCGAUGCCGCCAAGACUGCGACGCACGGCUUCGCCGGUCUCACCGCGCACGUCAUCGACAUCGCCUCGAAGAAGCUGUACGCGACCGGCGCUUUCGGUCAAGGCGGCUUUGAGAAGGUUGUCGAAUUCAACUGCGGCCACGAAGACUUUGUGUGCUUCUCUCCUUCCGGCUACAACGGCAACUUUGGUGGCGAUGCCAUGAAGACCGCCAUCGUCGACCGACGCAAAGCCAUCGCGGCGAAGCGCCCGGAUGGUAAGGACUGGGUGUACCCGCAAAACGUCGUUCCCGCGCGCAUUUACGUCGGACGUAAGGGCUACAAGGCUGACGGCACCAAGUGCGGCGCCUCGUGCACGUUCCUCGAGCGCAACGGUCUCGAGUUUGGUCAACUGUACGGCUACGCCGUGCCGAACGCCACGACUGAUCGCGACGAGUGGCACAAGGGCAACGUGCGCACCGCAUCACCGUCAACGCACACCGUCGAUGGUAAGUGGGCGAAGAUCGCCUGGCAGUUCAACUCGGCCAAUGUGAAGAACGUCGAGGAGUCCGACAUGUUCCACUGGCAAAUCGAACCCGUUCUCCCCAGCGGAGUCACUGGCGUGUACAAGUUCUGGAACGCCAAGGGUAACGAUGCGGGUGGCGCCAAGACUGAGCACAACUCUCCAUCUCCGGUUGGUGAGCAAAAGUUUGUGCAAGGCUCGACUGCUGGCUACUUCGGCAUCUAUGAAGUCCAAUCAAUGGUGUCCCAACUCAACGGUGCCGCCGCGGGCGGUUUCCCGACGCACUUCGAUGGUACCUACGAAAUGAUUGAAGGCGAGACUGACAUUGACACGCGCGUCAACCUCUGCGCGGGCGGCACCGGAUGCACGCAAGGUCAAACCGCCAACGGUCGCACGCAAAAGUACAUGAACGACGGCACAGAGAAGCGCACGUUUGAGGACAUCGACGGCCUCGAAUGGAUCGCGGCCAAGACGACCGCGGCGGGUGCAAACAAUGUCACCCUUAAUGGCGCUCCGUACACGUACGACGACUACUUCGUGAUCCAAGAGGAUGGCGGUAACAGGUACGGCGAGCGCCUCAUGGUCGCCAAGAUGCCGGCGGCCAACACGAACGCGACGUACGACUUCAUCGCCAUGGCUGGUGGCAGCUUGAACACGCGCAUGAAGGCUGGUGUGUCCGUUCCUCCGAACACCUUCAACAGCGCGACGAGUUCUGAGUUCUCUGGCGUCGCCGACGCCUCCGGCGCUCUCCGUCAAACCAUGAUGGGCGGUGCGGCUCGCCGACUCGCUGAGCUCGACGUCGCCAUGAACGACAAGACCAUCCUCAUCGGUCUUCAGCAACACUCCAUCCGCACGGGCGUGGUCAGCAAAUUCGGCGCCGAUCGCGGCGGUCAAAUCUACAUGUGGGACGCCGCCAACUUUUAG